UCGUCAUUCAACACAGGCAGCUGCUUGAGACAACAUCAAACUUGAGCAACUUUUUCCCAACUUUACUCGGCGUAUGGAUAGUUGGAUCAAUUGGAUUAUUUUUUAAUUGUUUACUUCUAGCCUCUUGUAAUAACAAUGAAAUACUGUUAACUAAAUUAUUUUCAUCUAUUACUAUCAACAUAAAAACUGGAUAAACCAAUCAAACAGGAAAGGUUUAAAUCUACAACCGUAUAUACCAGAUCUUGUUUUUAUUGUUGUUGUUCUGUUACUAAUGUUGAUUUAACCCUAAAAUAAGAUUGUUUAAUUAUCUUCCUCUAUUUAUAUUUGUCCUUUAAUAUCCUCUUUUACUAUGUGCUCAAUCAAUUCUAUUUAUGUAAAGCUAAUAAUCUCAUUCAAACCAAAAAUGUGCGCUUAGUCUCAUCAAAACACUCUCAUGUUAUUGGAUACAGCAUUUCUUCUGUGACUUUGUUUACUAUUUUGAUCGUUGACCGUUCCACAGAAAUUGCCUCAACCGGAUUGUGUCUUUCGUUAUUGGUCAUCUUUUCUGAUCUUCUCGGUGUACCUGUUGGCUGAAUUGUUAACUCACAACCUAGAACCUAAUGGGUGAUUUAGAUGUUAGACUGUUUUUCAAUGUUAAAGAUAGUCAAGAGACAUCUAAAAAAUUGAUAGCCCUUUUCAUAGUUUAUUAUUAUUUUGUCAAAGUAUUUGGGCCUAAAUGGAUGAACCUAAGACCACCUUUCAACUUGUAUCCUCACUUAUUAAUCUACAAUGGAUAUCAAUUUGGUGUUCACGGUGUAGGCCUAUUAUUAGCUUUAUGGACAACCAACUUUGGAACCAUUUGUUGGUCUUGUGAACCCAUUGAUACAUCAACCAAGGAAAUCAAGCGUCUUUUCUCAGUCUAUGUUGUUUAUAUAUUCUUUUGGGCCAAGAUAAUGGAAUGUUUAGAGACUGUGAUGUACAUCUUGAUGAAAAAACGUCGUUACAUACAAUUAAUUGAAAUUUUUAGAACUUUUGCCAACGUUGGAUUGGUCUAUCUGGGCCUUAAAAAUUAUCCAGGAACGUUAACAGUUUUCUAUCCACUCUGUGACCUGAUUGCUGGUGUCUUUAUAUUUGGUCAUAAUACGCUUCUUUCUGCAAACGUUGAUCUCAAACCCCGCCAUUGGUGGCGCAAAUUCAUAUUUAUCCUAAGACUAGUUGAGUUUACUGCUCUCUUUUUCCACGGUCUCUACUUCCUUAUCAUGUUUCCAACAACUUCAACAACAAUCUCAUCAACCUUAUCAUCAUCAUCCUCACCAUCAUUAAUCUCAACAAACAACUGUACGGUACCAAGGGUGCUACCCUUAUAUGAAUGCCUGUUUGCACUUUUCAAUAUAGUCAUCAUCAUUUGCUAUUAUUUAAAUGUAAUUCAACACCGUUUAACCAACGGAUCAUUAACAUAUACUCGAUCAGAACAAAUCUAUUCAAGGUCAAGCUCCUGACAUUACCAAGCUGGACUUGUAAAAACAUUACAAUCAACUAAUAACUUUGUACUUGGUUUUCUUCCCUCAACUUAUGUUUUCCUCGUUGCUAAGCCUAUUGCCGGCAGUAAUGAGAAAUGCAGUGACAAAUAAAAGAUAACACAAGCUACAAAUAAUUGUUCAACAAUUUUAAUUUCAUCUUUUAACAUCAUAAGAGUAUUAGAAACGUCAAGAAUAUGUUAACAACCAAAGCAUAACCAUCAAGUUUCAACCUAAGCUUCAAAGAUGACAGAUUCAAAUCCUAUUGGCAGUUUUCAAGUACAAUUUUGAUGGUAUCCAGUACUUAUCCAGUAUAUCUUAAUUGGUUGAGUGCAACACACAUGCAUAACUAUCUCGUAAUUAGUAGCAGAAAAAAAGUUGAUGGAUGUUAAUUUUGGUGAUAAAUACAAGGAACGGGUAUUCAACCAAAAGUUACAACAAUAAUGAUAAUAAUAGACUAAAAGGUUUAACAGAACAGACACGAGGGAAAAAGUUUAUUUCUCUUUAAUAAGCUAAACACCUCAGCUAAGUCCUUCAAAGUGCUGAUGAGAACAAAAGGAAAACAAGUGGAUAACCAGUCAUUUCAAGUAAUUCAUUUUAGAUUUGGCUUCAGUCGAACUGAAUUAAACAAUGGCUACUUUUGGUGGAAACUGAAAAUUUGCCUGCUUUUUUUCAAAGUCUAUUGUUUGACAAUGUUCACAAAUAACAGCAGCUUCCAGUAUUAACCAAGAUUUAACAUUUUAAGUGUAAACAGCAAUCAAUGUCCUUCAACAGUAUCCACUGGAAUCAAACUUAUUAACCAAGUCGCUGGAAAUGAUAAAUUGAAGUGAACCAUACAAUGACCAACAGUCCGAUAGAUUGACUCAGUUACAACAGAUUUACAAUCUUGAUAAGAGCUGUAAUGAAACGACCAGAAACCAGUCAAAAUACGUAAUAAAAGCCAAGAACUGAACUAAAUUAAAUCACGUAAUCAUUUUUACAAGCAUUCGUCUCACACAAUGUAAAUAAUCUUUACUUUGGGGUUUAACACUGGCCAAAACCCACGUUGCUUCUAAAUUAUGCACUUCAAGCGAAUGGAUAUCAAAAAAAUAAAGAAAUACCUUCAAGGUAUUAAAUUGAUAACUAUAACUGGGACAAUCAAGGACGAGAGAAAGUUAAUCAAAUUGUAAAAUAAUCACAUUUAAUUGAUUUUACAGCCAGCAACUAUUGGACUUCAAGCAUUGGAAGCAAAUUUACAUACAACUGAAAAUGGCGUUGAGCGUUUUCCACUGCCACUGUUUACCUUUUAAUUAGAUAAUCUCUGUAUUUUCUGGAUUUCACCAAAGCUUGUUAAGACGAUUACUAAUUAAAAAGUAGGAAAUAAUUGAGUUUGCUUGAAGGAGUAAAAAUUACAAGAUUAGGAUCAACCAAAGAGGAAAAACCGUUUCAAAAAAUUUCCAACAUGAGAAAUCUAAAAAGAUUAUAAAAUCUGUUUCUAUUAAUUUGAUUUUAAAUACCGAUGCUGUUUCUGGUAGAUAAUUGUUAUUGUAAUAAUUUUUUAUUUUCAAUACAAAUUGUUUGUAUUUUAA